AGGAACUGCUCUCUGUUGUUGGGCUUUUCAUGAGGAGAAUCUAGGAUUAUUUUAAAAGCUUGGGGUGUGAAUGCAGAUCUCGUGCUCCUAGUAUGGAGCAGCAAAGGUACCAGUUAGAGGGGAGAGGCCGAUUAACCUGCCCACUCUAACUGCUAUUUUAGUUAAGUUUUAGUUUUCUCUGAUUUCACAACCCAGGCUUUUUUCAUGUAGACAAAUAGCUGUAAGCCUCAUAUUUAUCUUACGGGAAGAAAUUAGUCUGUGGUGAUAUUUGACCAGUUUGCAAACGUAAGGAAUUUUGACUGAUAAAAGGAAGUUUCACAUCAUGGGUUAGAGAUGAUUAAAGUUCUUCUAAAGCGGGGGUGUCAAACUCCGGUCCUCCAGGACCACUGGUCAGCAUUUUUUAGAUGUGCCUCUGGUCUAACACACUGGAAUCAAAUGGCUGAAUUACCUCCACAGUUUGUAGACAAGUUCUCCAAAAUCCUGCUAAUGACCUAAUUAUUUGUUUCAGCAGAGGCACAUCUAAAAGUUGUGGCCCUCGAGCUGUGGAGUUUGACAACUCUGCUCUAAAGAGUGUUUUUGAGCACUGGCUCCAUUCCCAAAAACCUUGGUUAUUUUACUCUGGUCAAAGGAUGAGCUUCUGUUUCUUGUAAGGCGAAAGUGUGGUUACCUUCUUUCAGCCAUCUCCGUAGCAGUGCGCAGCAGCAAGUGGGGAACGUCAUGUUCGGGUUAAUGUGCCAAAAAUCAUCUCUCGUUGUCACAGCUGCGUGACAAAAAUCACAUCUUUUUUUUCUCAGCCUCUUGUUGCCGCAUCUAUUGGACCAAAACAUUAAACUCACCUUCCUGGGUUCUGGUCCAAUGCGGCAAACUAACGUCCCACUAACGCCUUCCAUUCUUAUUCUGAUUAUUGACAGCAUGGAAAAUAAAAUGAGAUAUUUCAGCUUGCCAAUCAUUGUUUCCUCUUUCUCUGAACUCAUAAUAGGCGUUCCUCUCUGCCAUGAUCGCUGUGUAGGAGGGGUGUUUUGUGGAUCUUGAGGGAUGUGUGCGAAAUCGAAUUCCCCAAGUCAACUGUUUGACUUUGGCCUGACCAUGCGGGCCCUUUACGUUGCUCCUUUACUGCAGACACUUUAUCACUUGUGUGUGGUGUCUCGUUGAAAAAGGUUUAAACCACUGCAACAGUAUGAAGGAAAGUUUUAGUGGUUUAAAACAUAACUACAGUGGCCCAGAAGGGUCAACACUAUGCAAAAGCCAUAGUGGACGAUAUGCUAAAACUGAUGUUACUGAUGCUACGUUAAAAUGGAAGUUAUGCUAAAAAGAGGUUAUGCUAUAAUUUGCGACACUCUAAAAUGGAUGUUGUGGAGGUUAUGCUAAGACGGAUGUUGGUGUAACUUCCAUUUGAACAGAGCUUAAAUUAUUGUUUUAUAGCUUUUGCAUUUUGUUGACCCUUUUGGGCCACCGUACAUAUCUGACAUGACAUGUAAUCAUGUCAUCCACACCACUUAAAAGCUUCAUUCACACUAAGAUCAGACCUUGCCGUGUAAAAGGGUGAAGAUAUAUGCUGGCUGUGUUUCUACUGUGAGGAGGAAGAGAAUAACAGAGGUUAACCUGCUGUGAGCGAGCAUACAUAGAAUAAAGCCCAGUUUGGUUUUGGAGAUGAGCCAGGCUCACAUUCUUCCUUUCUUCUGAUUGAUGGAUUUUUUUUCCCUCCCCAAGUAAAACUGGUUUUGCUGGAGUCCUAGCUGCACUGUGCUCUCCCAAAAAUGGCUUCCGUGUCUUUACACACACCUGUUAUUAUUAUUUUCUUUGUCUCUUUCUAUAACUUUUAUGCCUGUUUUUUUUUUUUACAAAAUCAUGUAAAGCAUAUCAAGUUGAUCUUUCUGUUGUGAAGGAGGCCAAUUGUUGAACAGUAUUGCAUGUUCCGGGGACCUGAGGUUCCACCGAGAAUACAGCAAACUGGCUGAUUCGCUCAGGUAACGUGGUCACGUGAAAUAAGGAAUAGGAAUUGAUGAAUUGCUCUGAAACAGCUGAGCUCCAUGCUUCCUCUUUCUGUCGAAGCUGUUGGUCAACAGAAAAUCUGACCAGUCAGCCAAAGGGGAAAUGAAACACACGUCAAUCUGCAAAGCUCAGAUCAAGAUCCACUGAACCACACACCUCAAGAACCCACGGUCAGUGGAGAUAUAAAAUCAUAAGGCUUGGAUAUUUGUUCAGCGUGAAGCUUUUUGAUGAGGGCAGCUUGAUACACAGUUGAUUGACUCGAUCGUCUGGGAGAUCGGCACACUGAAGAAGGAGAUGGGGAGAAAGACAGAGACUGCGGAAGACAACCGGGAAACUGAUUCACAUGUGGGGCUGAGCGAAGAAGUGGGACGUCUAUUUCUUCAAGCCUCGCCUUGUCCUGGGAUGGGAGCCGGACCGACCAAGGCAAGAGAUUCAGGCUAUGACUCUCUCCACCGUCGGCUCAGUGUUCUGGAGAGACUGAUGCACACACAUGGCGUGUGGCUGCAGCUGGGCCUCAGCCACCAGGAUGCAGCUGGAAUACUGCAGAGCCAGCCUGCUGGGUCAUUCCUGGUGAGAAGGUCCACCAGCCUGCAGAGGAAAGUUAUUUCUCUACGCAUGGACAAGGACUCUGCAGAACCUAUCAAAGACUUUGCAGUCAAAGAGAGUCUGUACACAUUCUCUCUGGAGGGAUCAGAGCUGAGCUUUGCAGACCUUUUUCGCCUCUUGGCUUUCUGCUGCAUCAGCAGGGAUGUGCUGCCCUUCACGCUGAAGCUUCCAGAGGCCAUCUCUUCUGCCAGAAGUUUCACAGAUCUUGAGGAGGCUGCCAAACUCGGAGCAGGCUUCUGGGACAGUAAGUUGUGCAGGAGAGCAGUAUCCGUAUCUCUGCCAAAGACGGCAGGUCCUGAUAGACCACCUCCACCUGCUCUGAGACCGCUCUCCUGUCCAACUACCCCUACAUGUCCCAAGCUUCGAAUUCGCAGCCCCACUCAGCUGGACUGUUGCCUGCCUAACGGCGCACUGUGCUUCAUCAACCCCCUUUUUAUAAAGGUUUAUCAGCCAGAUGGUGGCAACCAGGUCAGCUCUGCCAGAACUGUAAACCAGUUACUUAGAGAUGAGUCCAACAACAAUAUAAGUCCCACCAAUAGGAGAGAGAGAAGCUCGUGUUUGGAGCGACCUCAGACGUACAGCUCAGACCUCAGUGACGAGAGCCAGCGACCUCAAGAGAACUCGGGGAGUAUAACCACAAGUCCACGCAGCAAAGGACAAACUGGUAGCAGCCAGGCGUUGGGUGUCUUUCCAUCCCCUCCUCCUCGACCGCCACCCCCCCGUCUUCCCAAACACCUGCCUGCUCCUCCCAUCCAACAGCAAAGCAUGCCCGAAAAAGUCGCCUGGAUUAACAUUCCGAAGGAGGAAGAGAAGGAGAAGAGCAGCAACCUCUUUUCACGCCUCGGCUCCUCGUUGAGCAUCAGUCCAUCGUCCUCGCCUCCAAAGAGACUUAGCAUCAGCUCCCCAAUAUCCAUUCCCCGGCGAACCCUGCCCCUCCCUCUGACGGCUUUCUCCUCCUCUCCACGUCGAUCCAAAGCAUCUCCUUCAUCCAGUCAUGAGGAUGCUCAGUGCCAUCUGGCGCUGGAGGAACAGACGAUUGAGAAGGCCAUCCUAAGGACCAAACUGUCAAAGCAAAAGUCGGUUCAUUCUACAGGCCAGGGCGCCUGCAGUGCUUCAGAGCCUUCGGUGAUGACAGGAAGCAAGCUUUCAGAAGUCACACCUGGAGAAGCAUCUCAGGAGGACUGUACCAAUGGAGGCCAACGACUGAGUGACAUGAGCCUCUCCACAGAUUCCUCGGAUUCCCUAGAUUACUCCCAGUCCUCUGCCUUCUUCCUUCCUCCACUGCAUGACCCCAGCCCCCCCACUAUCGCUGACUUCAACACCCAUCUCCCCCUCUCCAUCCCACCAUCCCACUUACGUUACAGCAGCAUAAAUAUAGACGACGAAGUUGAUGACGACGACUAUGAAGAAGAAGAACCUGACUACGGCGUUGGCCUCGAGAGUGAGCAAGACCAAGAACUUACUAUGCUCCCACCCGGGGUCCACACAAAGCGGCGCCCCAGUGCCAGUGCCCUGGUCCUGCAGAAAGCCCUGCAGGGAAAAUUUCGGAAGAUGAGCGGCGUUUUCAACUCGCUGCUGACGCCAGAGAAGAGGGCGAUCCGCAAAGUCCUGGAGAUGUCCAAGGAUAAGAACUCAUACUUUGGCUCCCUGGUGCAGGACUAUCUGAGCUACAUGGGGGAGGGUGCUGGCGCCCAGGCCUGGCAGGGCUACACCUCAGGACUCGAGCUGCUUCAGACCAUCCGCCAGUUUAUCACUCAGAUGAAGAGCUACCUGCGACAAACCUCCGAGAUGGAGCCACCGAUUGAGAGCCUCAUUCCUGAAGAUCAGAUUGACAGAGUCCUGGAGAAGGCCAUGCUGAAGUGCGUUCUGAAGCCCCUGAAGCUGCCCAUCAGCGCAGCGCUAAAGGAGUUCCAGGUGCGCAGCGGCAGCUGGCAGGAGCUGAAAGAGAACCUGUCAUUGGCCAAGGCCCGGCGACCUCAGGAGAUGGGCGUGGCCGACGCUCUGCCUCCCGACCACGUGGCCAUAGAAAAGAUCAGGCAGAAGUUCCACACCAUGUGUAAGCUGUACUCCCCAGAGAAGAAAGUCUGCAUGCUGCUAAGAGUCUGCAAGCUAAUUUACACCAUCAUGGAAGACAACUCAGGUCGUUUGUAUGGAGCCGAUGACUUCCUCCCCAUGCUGACCUACGUGCUGGCCCAGUGUGACAUGCCUGAUCUGGACAAUGAGAUCCUGUACAUGAUGGAGCUGCUGGACCCUUCGCUGCUGCAUGGGGAAGGUGGUUACUAUCUGACCAGCGCCUACGGAGCCAUGUCCCUGGUUAAGAACUUCCAGGAGGAUCAGGCAGCCAGGGUGCUGAGCUCCGAAACCAGAGACACGCUACACCAGUGGCACCGGCGGCGCACCACCCAGCGUUCUGCGCCUUCUGUCGACGACUUCCAGAACUACCUGCGUGUGGCACUGCAGGAGGUGGACAGCGGAUGCACGGCUAAGACUCUGCCAGUGCGACCGUACACCACGGUGGAGGAAUUGUGCCAGCUGUGCGCCCUGAAAUUUAAGGUGUCGGACCCCAAGAACUACGGCCUGUUCCUGCAGAUGGAGGGCAGCAGCCAGCAGCUGGCAGCAGACACCCACCCUCAGAAGAUCAAAGCUGAGCUUCACAGCCGUCCACAGCCAGUUCCCUUCCACUUUGUCUACCGCCGCUUAGCCAAAAACGGCACGUUGUCAGCAUCUCUCUCCAGCACCCCUGCCGCGACCCCUGAUCCCCAGGCCAACCUAAACCACCAGAGCACGGACCCUAAGGCCCUCAGCGGCGGCUCCAUCUCUGUAUGAUCACAGAGGAACACCCUCAGACCAUCGUCCCCUACAAAACAUGCUUCCCCCAGCAUGUGCCGGCCGGAUGUCGAAACAGUCCAAGUGGGCAAAACAGAGUCUCGUGCCAGUCUUCGCAGAGCCUGACUUCUCCUUUCAGGCGGCACAUCUGUCUCAACCAACAUCCCCUCGCUGUCAGAUAGACCCGGCCGACAGAGGAAAAACACGCAGUUAUUUUUACUUCCUCUGGAUUCGGUAUCUGAGCAGCUGAAAGGGACAGAAAGCAAUCUGUCCUCAUUUACACUUCCAAUCAUUCGGUGCAUGUGUACAUAAAUAAUCUAGGCACCAUUUACUUUUAACAGUUGCAGGUCACCUGUUACUUUAUUGCUUUUAAACUUUUAGAUUGUCUAUGAAAACAGAUUUAGUGACACCUAGAGGCCAUUAAUGUACAUAACAAAUUUCCUGUGAUUCUUCAGGAAUGCAUCUUCUCGUGCCUCCCAAUCAGAUCCGCUGUGAUCAAAUGUAAAUUCAUCUCAUGCUUCCGAUUAUCCUAACAUGCAUUCAUACGUCGUUGACCUUUGGAACAUGGUGUCCAUUCUCUUGAUCCAAUAGAAUAGCGUUAAUAUAGUGAGAUCUUUGUGUUUAAGUUUAAAAUUAAGAAGCAGGUAUUCGCUGUUUAAUCCUCGUGAUACGAGCUGGUGUCAUAUUUUCUAUUCACACUGACAUGUGACAGAGGAACUGCUGCGAUUUGUUAGCUUGUGUGGCCUUUUUAGCUGGUCUGAAGUGCCACACUUUGCGAUGCGCUGCACGGGAAGAGUGCAGGUUGUUUAGAGGAGAGCGAAAAUGAUCGAGAUGUUGCGAGUUCCACGCGGAGGAAACGAGCGAGGAGCGGUCAGCACAGACGGAAAGGAAGUGCGACGUGGCUGGAAGAAAAGUGAGAGCCGCAGCAGGAAGUUGGGCAGCGUUGUGUCACCCCAGGAGACGAGCGUUCUCCUGGCAUGUUGUUGUUAGGAGCUGUUGUAUUUAUGUCUGUGCUGGGAUCUUUCACAGAUACGCUUCCUGUCCUCGAUAUUUUUUAAUGUUAAAUUGUCACGAGACACUUUUCCUGCCUGUCAUGUAUCUAUGAGAAACAUUUUCUUCUGCACUUAAUAAACAUUGAAUCUGGAA